AAUAAGGAAUUUAUAAUUAUUGAAAGUUAAGCUACCAACUCUUUUUAUAUUUUCCAUUGUAACAGAAGGCUUUUAGAAUCCUAUAUCAAAAAUUGAAAGCAAAAGCUAAGGAAAAGGGAGGAUUGAUUCGGAAAGUAGAUCGAGACGAUAAACACUGCCGGAUUUCACCACGCCGCCACCAGCUGUUGUAGACACUGCUCGCUCGGCGCCACCAUCUCCUUCCGUCGCCAGCAGCCGUGUUUGGUGUAAGCUCAAACAUGUCGGAGGCCCUCCUCUUAUUGGCGAUACACAAGAUGGAAAAUUGCCUCUCAUAUAAGGAUGAAAGAGAUGAGGAAAUUGAAAUGAUAAUUAAAGAGAUGAGAGAGAUUGUGGAUAUUGUGAGGGAUAAGAAAUUGGAAGACGGGAGAAUCCUAAAUUUUUUAGUAUCUGGCCUCGUGAACGUGGCUGACGAGGCCAUCAACCUUUUCAAAGAAGUUUACACCAGUCGUUGGGACUUAGCAUCCAUCCAUAGUUGGAUGGGAAAGAUCAAAAAACGGAUGCUUGAGCUGGGAGAUGAUGUGCCCAACAUGACAUCAUCAAAAAAUGUUGACGACGAAGAAAAUGACAACUACGUGGUGGGCUUGGAGGGAGAUGUCAAAUUUCUGCUUCGCAAAAGGAUUAUUGGUGAUGGGGAAUUAACGUGGCCUGUUGUUAUCAAAGGGAUGGCUGGUAUUGGAAAGACAACUCUUGCCAGAGAGAUAUUCAACCAUCCAACCAUCGUUAAACACUUCGACCGCCGUGCUUGGGUAUCUAAUUGUACUCACUUCAUUACUGCGGAAGAACUACUUAUCAAAGUAAUACAACAGGUAGUAGUAGAAGAUCCUCAGAAUCUCCAUACAUCUUCCUUAUUGGAGAAUAUGGACAACGCAAGCCUCCGAGAUAUGCUUUCCCAACACCUGCAAGGAAAGAGAUAUCUUAUAGUUCUCGACGACGUGCCCAAAGAAAUGAGCUUGAUUUCUAUCUUUCAAGCCCUUCCACUAGAAGAAAAUGGAAGUAGAUUGCUGCUCACAAGUCACACGACACCUCUCGACAUACCUUUAGACUACCAAGGUGUUUAUAAGAUGAAAUUUUUGGAUUCUAAGAACAGCUGGCAAUUGUUUCUGAAAACAAUAAACCAUGGCAAUAAAUUAACGGGUGAGCACAAAUUCCCAAUGCAUUUGGAGCAUAUGGGAAAACAAAUGUUGAGAAAAUGCGGCGGUCUGCCAUUAGCUAUAAAAGAGGUGGCAAAACAAUUAGCAGAAAAGAAAGUGUCAGGUGGGAGUGAAUGGGAACAACUUCUUGAAUCAGUUGAUUUUGGUUCAACAUUGAAGUUAUUGGAACCAUUUUAUCUUCAAUUGGAUCCCAAGCUGCAGUCAUGUUUCUUGUCUAUGGCCUUCUUUAAGGAAAAUACUACUUUGAGGGCAGAAAAGUUGAUACAGAUUUGGGUUACCGGAGGAGUAGUAGAGGAUUCAGAAGAUGGGUGUGGACGAAUUUUAGAGGAUUUAGUCAAUGACUCUUUUAUUGAUUAUGUCAAUGACAAGAGAACAAAGUAUAUCAUGAAUGUUGUGCUACACAUGCUAUCCAUCCAAAAGGCAGAGGAGAAACUAGGUUUCGAGAUCCUAAGGAACAAUGGAAAUAAUCGGCCCUCUGAGAGUCCUCCUCAUCAUCGUGUUAUCAUUUGUAGCAGAGACAAGUUCAACUACUCCACAGAUCAAGAUAAGCUUCUUGUUUCUCUCUUCUUCCAUGGAGGUGGCUACUUGGACGCUAGUCCAUCUUAUUGGAAGAGCUUUGAAAAACUUAAGAUACUUGAUUUGGAAGAUUUUGGAUUGAAGGUUUUACCAGAAAGUAUCGGCACAUUGAUGGAAUUAAUAUACUUGGGGCUGAGAAAUAAUUACAUAAAAGAGCUUCCAGAGACGUUGGGGUGGUUGAAAAAGCUUGAGGUUCUUGACAUAGCUCAAAACUUCAUGGUGGAGGUGCCAGUUGUUAUAUGGGAAUUGCAUAGCCUUCGCCAGCUCUACAUGUCUAAUCUGAUUUGCCGGAAGCCUUUGAAUAUUGACACGCUGGAGUAUCUGGGGACCUUAACCUACGUCACGAUUGAUAAUUGUAUAAUUCUGAUCUCGGGCUUAAGAAUGUUUUCUGUGUUUAAGAAAUUGGGCAUAGAAGGAUUGGAUGGAAACUCAGAUGUAAGCAAGCUCUUUGUGUCAUUGGCAGACUUGUUUCUUGAUCAUCUAAUCUUGAGAGGAUAUCGUUUCAGAAGCAUGCCUUGUUUGGAUGAGCUUGGUAUUCUGCAAAGUGUUCGUACACUCAAAUUGGAUGGACUCCUUGCCACGUUACCAAAUAAUCUCCCUCCAAAUAUUGAAUCGUUGACGUUGAUUGAUAGCUGUCUUGAUGAAGACCCCAUGCCACUACUAGCCGAGAAGUUACCCAAGCUCAAAUACCUCAAAUUACAUAAUGCAUACACUGGUCAACAAAUGGUGAUUUUGGAUGACAGUUUUCCCUUGCUACAAAUCCUGUGCAUCGAAGAGUUAUGGAAUCUGAGAAAUGUACAUUGUGGAAAAUAUGCAAUGCGUACGCUUGAGAAAUUAGAAAUCCAUGAUUGUCCAUAUCUGGAUACCGUCCCGGAAGAGAUUGUGAUGCUGGCUUGUUUCAAGGAGUUAAAGAUGGUGACAACCAAAAGUAUUGCAACAAAGAUGAGGGAUUCAAACUUAAGGAUUGUGAAUUCUCCGUUUGGUGGUUGUGUGUUUGUAAAUGACAUUUAG